CAGCUAAGUCAGUCAGGUUAGCACAGGCUUAGGCACAUCUAGUUAGCACAGGUUAGAAUGACACUUAUUGUACCAUUAUCAUCUGAGACACGAAAUACAGCAGACGUACAACUACUUGCCGUGUCUAACUUCAGUUCAGAAGUGGGAUUACGAAAAUUUUCACCCAACGCGACAUCAUGGAAGCAGUUCACUCUGGCGUAGUCAUACAUCCUGAAUACGUUAACGCAAUGAUUCCUGUGUUUGAACCGAAAAUCAUGGAAGCCAAGCGAUGGAUACGGAACGUUGAACGAUUUGGUGUAGCAAGUGGAUGUUCGAAUGGACUACUCUUGAAUUUGGCGGUUAUGCGAUUAGGAAAGACUGGCAAGCUUUGGUAUGAGAUGGUUGAAGAAAGCAUUGAAAGUUGGAGCAGUUUCAAGAUCAAAUUAGUUGAAUGGUUUUCUGGUGCUGUUGAUGAAGCCGACGUUCAUGCGGAGUUGAUGCAGAGGGCGAAAACUUUGGAUGAAACAUAUGAAGAUUUUGCGUUUGACAUUAUCUCCAAGGCCAAGCGAGUGAGAAUGAGUGAUUCAGCAAUUAUGAAGUAUAUUAUCCAAGGAAUUCCACACCCAUUGGUUCGUUCUAUACUCAGCACAACGUUUUAUCAAUCAACGGAAGAGUUAGUGUCGGCUUUGAGGCGUAUUGAAGGACAAGAAAGUUUCAGAAAGAAAAUGAACAUGGACGCACUCAAAUCAGAAGAGGAUAGCAGAGUAGCUGAAAAUGAAUAUCAAGUUUAUAAUUCAAAAUGCAGUGAAUAUCACAAUGGCGGAAGAAUCUCUAAUCCAAUGUCAAGGCAAAGUAACGUGAAAACAUCUGGACAUUUUCAAAUGGACCAACAUCGGACUGGAGGACAAGGCAACCAUACACAAACUGUGAAACAAGAAGCUGACUUCCAGGAGAACUAUGUUUAUGCAUCACAAAAAUCAAUCGAAAAUCAUGGUAGGGUUAGCAUAGAACAGGUAUAUUUUGGAAUUUUUAUCAGGUUUAACAAUCAUCUAGUUAGUUCAGACGCUUUAUUUGAUACUGGUAGUCCUAUAUGUCUAAUCAAGAAUAGCCUUGUUCCAGGUAGUAUUCAAUAUCGUAAACUUUCUGAGAAUUUAUAUGUUGGGUUAAAUAAUUCAAAACUUAAUGUGUUAGGAUAUUUUGAUACUGAAAUUGUUGUUAAUAACUUUAUUUAUAACUUACAGUUCAAGAUUGUGCCAGAUUCCACGAUGCGCCCGAUGUGUAUUUUGGGGUCGGAUUUCGUUACAAGCAACAACUUGAUAGUUGAGUAUGACGGUCGCUCAAUACAAUUUGCUUCAAAAAACAGACUGACUGCAGCACAAACUUUGAAUUUGGCAUCAGCAACGGAUGGCCCACUGUUUGAAAUAAACAACAUUGAGGUAAGCACUGACACUUUCUUGAAGACUGAUGUGGAUAUUUUAGAUAUUGGUGAUAGUGGAACUUCAUUGUCAGAUACAAACAGAAUCAAAUCUCUCUUCAUUGAAAUGUAUGGUAAUAGCGAUUUAAGACCAGACCAACCAGAUAUUGAGCAUACAAUGAGAAUAGAUUUAACAGAUAACAGACCUUUUAAUUUUUGUCCUCGUCGUUUAUCCCAUAGUCAAAAAAUAGAAGUUGAAUCACAGAUUGAUAAAUUACUUAAAGAAGGUAUAAUUACAGAGAGCAAUUCUCCUUAUGCUAGUCGAAUAGUUUUGGUGAAGAAGAAAGACAAAACAUGGAGAAUGUGCGUAGACUAUAGGGAGCUAAAUAAAAUCACUGUAAAAGAUAGAUAUCCAUUACCGUUGAUUGAAGAGCAGUUAGAUAGUUUGAAAAACAAAAAGUAUUUUUCUACUUUGGAUCUAAGAAACGAAAGGGUAAAAUAA